AUGCAAUCUAUGUUGAAAUUGGAGCUAAUUACUCUUUGCAUCCUCCUGGUGGUUGGAGCAACACCGCAGCCAGUGAAUUUGCAAACUAUUAGAGAAGCUUUGCGUCCUCUUGUUAGUGCCUCCAGUUGGUUGAAUGGUAAUGGUCAACCAGUUACUUUUUCACAAAAUCAAAACUUGUUGUCAAUGAGAGGUCCAUGGACUUUGCAAUCUGGUGAUGCUUUGGGAGUUUUUGAUACUUAUCAACAAGCUGUAGUUUUCCCUUCCAAGAGUGCUCGUGUUACUCAAACCAAUAGUAAUGGAACUGGUUUUGCCAAGUUGAAUUGGGCCAAGCCAAUUGCAGGUCAAUCAUACAAUCUCACUGCUAUUACAACUGGGGGAGGUCAAUUGCGUCUUUCAUUCAAUUUGGAUUGUUCAGAUUCUACAAAGGUAAUCAAUAGUGGAGCUCUUAAUAAUGGACAAAGUUUCGUAUUCACUUGGCCAGCCAGCAAUUGUUGGCACACAUUGUAUGCUAUCAGUGGACUCAAUCAAGCUUCCACUGUCUCUGCUUCUCUUAUUAAGGUUUAA